AUGUUAGCAUUCAGUGCGGAAAGAUAUUCUAUACCUGAACAUAGUGAAGAAGCUUGGAUAUUAGAUAGUGGAGCAUCAAUGCACAUGACCUUCAGACUGUCACGGGAUGUUAAUUUUGUAGAAUGUAGUUCACCUGAAGAAAGACAAAAUUUUACAGAAAUAACAUUUGAACAGAAAGAAAAAGAACAAUCAAUAUUACCACAGAAAGAGGUUCAAGGUCAGUAUAAUGUACCUCAAGAAAGCUCUUCUGAUGAAGAUAGUAUGAUGAGUAUUGAAAAUUCAGAUGAUUCUUAUCACCCUCCAAGAAGUAAUUAUUUAGAGCAAGAAGAACAGAGAAACAUCACAUUACGUCCUCGUCAAAAGAAUAAAGUAGAACCAGAUCAGCUUUCAAAAUUUCAAUUGGAUACUACUAAGCAUUUAAAACAAACUCCUUAUGAAAAUAAAACCACGCAUUUGCCACAUCCAGAGCACCCACAUCUCAGUUUACGUGCCGUAUCUCGCGCUCCGCUCACGCGGUGC